UGAACUUCUGCUCUCCGCUCGCUGUCAUGCAGGUGGAGUUCAGACAAGCAGCCGUGUGAUUCAAGCACAUCAGGACAGACAUUCAGUUGGAAGGGAGCUCCUCUCCAAACCUGACUUCAUCUCUGAGCAUCACAUCCACAAUUUACCUCAUCACAGCCAUGGCCGAGGAGUGUGAACAGCACGCAGAUCGGAUAACGUACAUUUGAACGACGAUCUUGAGAGAGCCUCGCAUCAUGCUCAGGUGGUCUGUCUUCCCCACUGAAGGAGAUCUUACAGGCUGCGUUUGGGAAAGAAAACAGUCGCGUGAAUGUUUAGAAUAUUAAUCAGAUCCUUUUUAUAAUCAUGGAGGAGAGCAAUACCUGUGAAUCAGUGCCAGAUUUAAAGGAUCUGGAGUUGAAGGUGGGGAGAAAGACCCCAGAGGGGCUCCUGAAGUGGAUGAGAGAAGAGCACAAAAUGAUCUCCCAUCAUCAGACUGACAAUAAUGAGACAGAGAAGAAGGGCUUGGAUGAGAAGAUCCGAAAACUUAAAAUGGAGAUGGCUUAUCUACGAGCAGCAGACGUCAAGAUCUUGAACCAGUUGCUAGCACUUCAUGAGGGCAUCGAGGCAGUGAAAUGGCUCCUGGAAGAGCGUGGCGCGCUCACCAGCCGCUGCAGCAGCCUGACCAGCAGCCAGUACAGCUUAGGGGAGGGUCCCGACACCUCCUGGAGGGGCAGCUGGAGCAGUCUGCAGGACCCCCAUGACAAGCUGGACAACAUUUCCAUUGGCAGCUAUCUGGACACAUUAGCUGAUGACCUGGAUGAGUACUGCCCCUCUAGUGGGACUGAUUCAAUACUCUGUGCCACCCCUAUGGGGACAGAUGGCUCCAGAGGUACUGGAGGAGGAAUGGGAAGUUCCACUGGAUCUGGAACCCGAUCUCCACAAGUCAAGUGCGAUGCCCCUAAAGAAGAAGCUCAGGUUUGGAAUAAAGCACCGUCUGAUACAUCGAGACCGUACCAGCCCAGCAAGACAAAUGGAAUCCUGGACAAAGCAGUGAAGCAAAUGGUCAGACCAGAUUCGCCCAGGGCUUGUCUCGCUGAGAAGCUGGGGAAGAAUCUGAGCCCUAAAAUGAAACCCUACAAGAAUGGUAAAGUUGAGUUGGAGAGCUGCAAAAAGAACGGCAAAGUUCAACUGGAGUAUGACGCACACUGGCGUUGGGUGCAGUCGCAGGAUGAUGUGACUUUUUUGUGAUAAUAUGCAUGAUCAAGCCAAAGGUGUUGAUGGGAGACUGCUCUGCUUCUCUAUUCACUACUGGGCUUUUGUUUGUAGACUUUGAUCCUUGAUUAAUCUGAGGCCAGAUCUCCUGAAAUGACAGAGGUUAAGAGGUCAGCAACGGAAAAGAAUAAGGAAUGGAAAAAGCUUAGACCUGUGGGAGGUCAGAGUUUAAAAAUCCUGAAUUAAUGACAGUAUAUACUCUUCGUCAGGUUGUGGUUUAUGGACAAUGUGCAUUUCAUAUGAGAUCAUAACCUUUUAUGUAAUGGCAUCUAUUGAUUCAACACAACUAUUUAUUAAGUCAGUAAUUAAGGACUUUAUUGAAUAUGUCAGUAUAUUAAUUUCAUUUAAAUGAUGCGGUUUCAAUCCUAUGUGCCUAGGUUAUUUUAAAACAGUUCUUAGAACGAUUCAUAAAGUUUUUUUUGUUUGUUUUUUGCAUACUACCAUUCAAAGGUUUGGGGUUCUUAUGCUCACAAAGGCUGCAUUUAUUUGAUCAAAAUACAUUAAAAACAGUAAUAUUGUGAAAUAUUACAAUUUAAAGUAACAGUUUUCUAUUUUAAUAUAUUUUAAAAUGUAUUUAUUUAUGUGAUGGCAAAGCUGAAGUUUAAUAUUAAUGCUUAACAUUUUUGUGGAAACUGUAAUACAUUUUUUUUCAGAAUAUAAAGUCAUCAUGCAUUUAUUUGAAAUUGAAAUCAUUUGUAACAUCUGCUGUCACUUUUGAUCAAUUUAAUGCAUCCUUGCUGAACAAAUGAAUUUCUUUUAAAAGAGUGCACAAAUGCUCACAUUUUACAUCUCCUUAUUAUUUUAAAGUGGACCAAAGUUUGUUUAGCUAAAACAAUCUAAAAGCUUGAAAACACAGCAACUUAUUUUGUUACACAAUCAGAUUGAAUAGACUUUUUUAUGCUAUGCUUUUGUUUGACCUUUCUGCUGAUUACAAUAUGGACAAAAUAAAGUGCAGCAUUUGCUCUUAAACUGUAGGGAAUGUUUAAAUCAUGCUCCAUUUUACUACCAAAGUCUUGAAUCAGCUCAGAGUGUGUUCCUUUGAGUUAACAUCUAAAGGUCAAAGAAUAAAUCCAUUCUGAAUACCAAGCAUGUUCCCAUCUGUUACAAUGUGACCCUGAGUCCAGAAUCAGCAACACCCUUGAGUUGCCUUUGACAAUUAAUUAUACAAUCAGAAUGCCAUUUUUACACACACACACACAUAUAUACAUAUAUAUAUAUAUAUAUAUGUUAAUUUGAAAACUGUUUGUAGUUUACUCUUUUUCUGUCAGAAUGCUUAUGUAAUCAAUCAGUAAAAAUGCUGUAUUGUCAAUCUAAUCAGGUAAACUGUGGGUUAGCUUUAAAUAGGAUCCUGUUUUGAAGUAUCAAUUAUUACUGGUUCUGUUGGAUCACCGAAUUAAAUGAGCUUGAAGAACAAGAACAGGAAAUUAAGGAUGUCAUAUAGAUUAUUCCACUGCACAGGUCCAAUGGAGUAAUAUUGCUCAUACAAACGCAUGGAGACCAGUGGUUGUGCUGUGAUCUUUGCAUUUGUGAUGUCUUCUCGUUAUUUAAAAAAUUUAGCACCUAAAGUGCACUUUUAAUUUAAGGUUGUUCAGAUGACUAACUUUUACCAAUUAAUCUAUAUGUGGUGUAACUUUGAAUAGUCACAGUGUUAGCACUGGAUGUAAUCUUGCAUUGCCUAUGUUUUGUAUGCCAAAAGAACUGCAUUGAUGUAAUUUUUGUUUUUUGGUCUAAUGGAAGAACUGAAAGUACUAUCAGUAUUCAGCAGUAUAACAUAUAGUGUGUUAUGUAAUAAAAUACUGUACUGUAUUUAUGCAUUCAUCUAUUUUUGUUCAGAAAAAGAGCACUGUAUUAUAACAGUAACUAAACUCAGACUUUCUCUUUCCUCAAACACCCACUCUCAGUUGAUAAUGCCUGUGCUUCUAGGACAGGGUUUCCAUGACUACUGAAUAGUGUGUAACUUGUGUGUGUCACUUGUUUAGAGUCUGGGAAAUGGAGACAGGACAAAUCCCAGAAGCCACUGUGUGAACAACUGGAUUAUGGCAGGAAUAGGUGAAGAUAUUGGAGUGAGAUGGUGAAGAUGAUCAAAGAGAAGGCAGCAGGUACUAAAAAAAAUGACAAAUGGAUUGGUUGGAGAGACAUGAAAUAAAAAUAUAUAAAUGGAAACAGCAGCGGUCCUGAAUCACAUGCUUGCAUAUCUGAGAUCAGAUGAGAGGCAAGUACUAUACAGUGGGGUCCAAAACUCAGACCACUAGUCAAAAUGCUUUGCUUAAAAUGUAGUAUUUUCUAAUAUAGUACACAGUCUGUACAAAUUUUGAAUGAAAAGUGGGUAAAAGUACAAAGUAAUUUUCCAACAUCUAUUUAUUUCCACUAUCUAUUUAUUAACUUUACAAUAAUAUAUGUUAUGCAUUUUACGCAAAUCUCAUACAAAACAAAAAACAGCUGGUCCAGCUAAUGCAUAUGCACAUUCAGAGUAAACAAACAGACAUUGCUCAACAAAUCAAUUGGCUCUUUCAUUCUCAUUUAUUCAACC